AUGACAACAAACACGAGCAUCUCAGGUGUUAGUGCCGACGAUGAUCACCUGCCUGUGACUGAACCUCCUGAUCUUCCACGUCUUCGAUCUACACACCAUCCCUCUAUCGAAGGGGUUCUACGUGGUCACGUAACAGAUGUUGGCGAGCCAAGCACUUUCACCAGAACUCUUUCAGCAUUGAAUCGUCGACACAACGGACAUGUCUCUGGCACAGCUAGUCCAAACACUACGCGCAGUAGUGAGACCCAAGCCACUACAUACUCAAGCAUGUUCCACCCGACAGGCUCUACAUACUACGAUGUCCCAAAUCCGAACCCUUUGCUCGUACCUCCACCUUCAGCUCAUUCGGGAUUGCCUUCAAUAUCAGCAUCUGACGCUUCUCUAAUUCGACAAGGACUUGUCGCAGGCAAUCGAGUUCGUCUUCCCAACAUUUCAGCUCUGACUGUUGACACAUACACUUUCAUGGUGCAGAGUAACGAUCCGAAAUACCGAGCAAUAGCAUAUGUUGUCUUUGACCUGAGCACAAGAGAACAAAAUUCCCUUCAUCGCAACAGUGAUGUCAACCCAUACGUCCCCGAACCUCCCUACAACAUGAUUGACGCUUACUCCGGUUUCCUACACGAGCUGAGCAUUGAAACAACUGUCUCUGGACCCGGCGUACAGGUCUCUCAAAUCGGCUUGUCAUCACUUGCAUACCUGAAUAACGAUGAUCGCUGGGUUUUUGUCGUCUCUCUGGGAAUCAAAGACACAAGUCUUGCCUCUCGAUUGUCAACAUCCCUCCGCCAUCGACAAAGCAACGCGCAGAUGUCUUCGGCAAUGGCGAUGGUCGACCAUUUCCUCGAUGUCCUCAAAACGGACAAAGAUGAGGAGUCUGUUGUCUUAUCUGCGGUCAUCAGAUACAGACAUGGUUUUCUGCCUCCUGACACCAAGCUGGUGUCACAUGCAAUGGUCACCAUUGACCCGGCGGCAGGCAUUGACGCGUACAACGUUAUUGUACGUGAUCACUACGCAGAGGUUGCUCCUGCAAUCUUGUCCGUCCUCCUCCCUGGUGUGGACGACGUCGCCCUGGCGACCGUCGGUCCACCCAGUCACUCCCAAUAUGCCAAAACCCUGCCGAUGGAUGGGUUGCGGCUUUUGCAAGAUUUUGACGGCCUGUUUGGUGUCGGGGGUGUGGGCGCCCUGGCCCUAGACUUCUCCACGAUGGAGGGGUACUACCUGGAUGCCGCCAGGGACGAGGUGGCGGGUUUGGCGCGGCCGUCCCUCGUUCGCCGCCUGGUUAAGAAGCUGUCGAACAACUAG